UUGCGGGACAUCAUCGGAGAACAGAUUCAAAAGUCUGUAUUUUCAUGAAUCCUGCUAAAUUCUUAAUCCUCUAAACCCUAAAAGAUGCUAAAUAUAUGGAGAUGGUACCAGAAUUGCUUAUCAGUUCAUCCAGUGAGAACUCAGGUGGCCACCUCCGGCAUUCUUUGGGCCGCCGGAGAUAUCGUUGCUCAAUCCAUGAUUUCCUUCUCCGCCGCCAAAAGGCGCAACCUUUGUAUCUCCGCCGCCACGUCGUAUACGACAGAUGGAGAAGAUAACUUCCUGCAGAUUGACUGGAAACGAGUGGCUGUAACAAGCAUGUUCGGUUUUGGUUUCAUUGGACCAACCGGUCACCUAUGGUAUGAAUGGUUGGACCAAUUUAUGAGGCUAAGGCUUAAUCUACAAGCCAGGUCGGUUCAAUUCGUGGUUUGUAAAGUUGCAAUGGAUAGCCUAAUUUUCGGGCCCUUGAGUUUGUUGGCGUUCUUAACAUACAUGGGUUUUUCAUCCGGUAAGAAUACAAGUAUUUAUGAAGUGAAGGAAAGUGUUAAGAGGGAUUUCAUGCCUGCAUUGAUAUUGGAAGGUGGUGUAUGGCCUUUUAUCCAAAUGGUAAACUUUGGAUUUGUUCAUGUGAGAUACCAACUCCUUUAUGUGAACUUGUUUUGCUUGUUGGAUAGUGUCUUUUUGUCGUGGAUGGAACAACAAAAAGAUGUUGCUUGGAAACAACGGUUUGUAAACUCUCUGCGUUUAAAGGGAAUAAAAAAACCAUGAUAGGGAUCACGACAAACCUUCUAAUUUGUAAAAGAUCAUUCUAAUUUUGAUUGUAGUAGCCAACCCUACCCUAUGUUAUGAGGAAUUUGUGUAUAUUGUAGGAAAGUUUUCGAGUUUCAUUAGAAUCACUUGUGAAAUUCAUUUGUGA